AUGCCCAGGCAGCGAGGUCCAUAUACGCUCGUUGACCUCAAAGUCACUAAGCAGGAAUCGGCGACCUCCCAGAGCACCCAGAGCAAACACAAGCGACAGUGUCUCGAGGCUCCUGAAGGAGAAGAGCGCCGCGGCGAAUGCCCCUACAAAUGCCUCCUCCGAGAACAGGAACUCGUCCAGAGCCAGCUUCCGAAUGCGCUUGUGCGCCGGCCAGCUUCUGAGAAACUCUGGAUCGCAAAGGUCGGUGGCGUGCUGUUCCGGGACGUAGAGAACGUCGAGUUCCGGGUCGAAUUCCGUAAACGGCUCCAGAUAUACCCCGUCGUUGGUUUUGCGAAACUGAAGCAGCGAUUGCGCCAAGGAGCGAGAUUCACGACAGGCGUGGAGCAGCGCCGUCGCUUCAAGAUCCACGGUUUGCGGUAUGAGCUCUUGAUGGCCCCGAAAGACGCAAGGGAGUCGAACUGGAUCCUGGAGGGCAAAGCCCCAUAUCUCUCUUUGCAACUCUAG